UUUCUUUUCGUGGCGGCCAGUGAAUCGACGAAGCGCGCGCUAUCGAAACUCAAGAACGUUCUCGAGUUGAAAGUUGGUGUUUUGAUGUUUGUAGUUCCGGCGAAGUGGAGCAACGAAACAGACCACGGGGGUCGCACGCGGGGUACCGAUACGCGUGUUACGGUGUGCGCGGAUAUCGUAAAUAAUUAUUUUUUUAAGCCCCGUCCCAAUUGUAAUCGCGGUUAUAAUUGAAAUCCUGCACGUAGCGUAGCGUGAUUUCUGUGUACGAUUAAUAUACGAGGCCGGCUCGACUACCGAACUCUGUUAAAUAUGGCGAACAGUGUAGCUCCAGAUUCGUGGGAACAGCAGGCGGACAACGGAGACAUCGCUCCGCCACAGGAUAAGUCCAUAGAGAGCAAAUUCUCGACCCUGAAUGUGAACGCUGCGGAAUUCGUGCCUUCAUUCUGCAUUCAUUCUUCACCGCAGAACAGAAACGCUGCCGACAGUUCCUGCAAUGUCGCUGUCAUGACGAAUACUGUAACCACCUCUAUGUCCCCCGAAAUACAUCAUGGCAAUGCCACUCCAGCAGUUCUACCAGAUCCAGUGGGCAGUCGUGUGGAGGAACCACCUGCCGGAGGAGGGGCUCCGCCUCCAAACGUCACAGAUCAAAUAAAUAUUAGCCCCGAACAUCAACCAGCCGAUUCUUGGGAAGAAGCGGCAGUGGAUGUGGAUCCUCUCAUACCUUCCGAAAAUGAAGAAGGUGACAUUGAGGAGGACGAAGAAAUGGUUGUUAAAGUACCUAAAAAAAAGCCUGUUAAAGUAACGGAAGACACUAAGAGUAAAAAGGAACAUGUUAAUGUUGUUUUUAUAGGACAUGUUGAUGCAGGAAAAUCAACGAUCGGUGGUCAAAUAAUGGCAUUAACUGGAAUGGUUGAUAAAAGGACCUUAGAAAAAUAUGAAAGAGAAGCUAAGGAAAGAAGUAGAGAAACGUGGUAUUUGAGUUGGGCGCUAGACACGAACCAAGAGGAACGGGAGAAGGGAAAGACAGUGGAAGUUGGUAGAGCGUAUUUUGAAACCGAAAGAAAGCAUUUCACGAUUUUAGACGCACCUGGUCAUAAAAGUUUUGUACCCAAUAUGAUCGGCGGCGCGGCGCAAGCCGAUCUUGCAGUUUUAGUUAUUUCCGCGCGAAAAGGAGAGUUUGAAACGGGCUUCGACAGGGGCGGUCAAACGAGAGAACACGCUAUGCUGGCUAAAACUGCUGGCGUUAAACAUCUGGUUGUGCUAGUAAAUAAAAUGGAUGAUCCAACUGUAGAGUGGGACGAGGGAAGGUACAACGAGUGCAGGGACAAAAUAUUGCCGUACCUUCGUAAACUGGGAUUCAAUCCUGCGAAAGACCUUACGUUUAUGCCAGUUUCGGGGCAGCUUGGUAUCGGUUUGAAAGAUCCAAUACCAGAACAUCUUUGUACGUGGUACUCUGGUCCACCAUUCAUAUCUUUCAUUGAUUCUUUACCCUCGCUUAAUCGUAAGAACAACGGACCCUUCAUCAUGCCAAUUGUUGAUAAAUAUAAGGAUAUGGGAACAGUGGUGAUGGGAAAAGUUGAAGCUGGAGAAGCAAAGAAAGGACAGUCGUUGCUUGUUAUGCCGAAUAGGACGGCAGUGACGGUGGAUCAGUUAUGGUCGGACGACGAGGAGGUGACAUCCGUUGGUCCGGGAGAGAACGUAAAGAUUAAGUUAAAAGGCAUCGAAGAGGAAGAUGUUAGCCCCGGAUUCGUUUUGUGCGAUAACAACAAUCCGAUAAAAACAGGAAAAGUCUUUGAUGCGCAAGUUGUUAUUUUGGAGCAUAAGAGUAUCAUUUGUGCUGGAUACAGUGCUGUGAUGCAUAUCCAUUGUGCCGCGGAAGAAGUUAGAGUGAAGGCAUUGAUUUGUCUGGUUGACAAGAAAACAGGCGACAAGAGUAAAACCAGGCCGAGGUUCGUCAAGCAAGAUCAAGUGGCAAUAAUGAGAAUCGAAUGCGCGGGUGUCAUAUGCCUUGAAAGAUUUAAACUAUUUCCACAGAUGGGACGUUUCACCCUCAGGGAUGAAAAUAAGACUAUCGCAAUUGGUAAGGUGCUGAAAGUGGUGGAGUAAAGUUGCUCAACUGUGACCACAGAUUGGGAUUGCUAAUCAAUUUCGAGAACGACGAAUAAUAACGCAAGAGACGCAAGCCGAACACAGUACGCACGAGAAAGAAAAAAAAGAGUAAACGGAAUCGGCGGCAAGACGAACUAUUCGCGAACUACUGUUAAUUGUAACAUACACUCAUCUACACAAGAAGCAAAAAAAUGUUCUACAUCAAAGAAAAGCACAUACAUCGUAUGCACAGACAUGUGGGUUGGGGUUUGGGGUUACUGGGGGGGCGGGAGGGUAUUUAUAACCUGAAAUAAAGAAAAAAGCAAAUAGAUUUGAUUAUAUAGAUUAAAGGAGACAAGCAACUAAAAAAAAAGAAUAAAAUAAAACUCGAGAGCGCGUGUUCCUUCUAUUAGGUAAGUCGAACGACAGCACUCGCAGGGGAGUUAAUUACAAAUGGAUAAUGAUCAAAUGAUGAACGGUGUCUCCUUAAUAAUAUAAAACACGAUAUUUUUAUUCUUCUGAGGUGUGAGACAUUAAUGAGCGUAAGGAAGACGAUACCGAUUACCGAGAUAAAAACUAAGGAAAAUAUUAUUAAUAUUAUUAUAAUUAUUAUUGAAUAAUUAUUAUUACAUCGGUGGUAAAAAAUGAGAAUGAAAAAGAAAGCAGAAAUUUAUUGAAUAAAUCAGCCAGAUAGUGUUACACAACAAUUUAUAAAUAUAAAAAUUAAUAUUAUUAUUAUUACUAUUAUUAUUAUUAUUAUUAUGAUUAUUAUUAUACUGUUUCUUAUUACAUUGUCAUUAAAAACAAAUUUGCAGCAAAAUUGUGCUUUUCUAAUUUUGAUAAGAUAGUUUCAUGUGUAUGAUUGGUUGAUUUGCUUUUUCUUGCACGUACUGUUUCUGUUAAUACGAUUCGUGUUUGAUGGCGCCAAGGUUCGUGUAUUGUAUCGAUGUACUACGUGUCUAUAACACCAGAUGUUCUUACACUGUGCUUCUCCAGAAGAGUUUCGAUGAUUUAUAGCGUUAUAAUGCGAUAAAGAAAAUUAAUGUCGAGAUUUAACCGAAAGAAGUUAAUAUAGAGAAUUUUCAAAGCAGACAUUUUGUGAGUGCUUUCUUUACACGUUAUUUCUGCUUUAUCGUCUUUGCUACUGGUUUCUUUCUACAGAUGUUCGAUCACAUCCGCGCGUCAGUCGUCCUCUUUUGUUUUUUGUUUUUCUCAAAAUGAUCGUUGAAACAUUUAUCAUAUUCUAACAUUUUUUCACGUUUUCUAAGAAACGAAGUGUACUAACAACGCAUUUAAAAAGAAUCAGUUCUUAUUUCUGCAAAUUUUUCAACAACACUCAUUUUAUGGGUUGUUAUACUUUUGAAAUUGUUAAUAUAAUAUCAUCGCAAUUGGAACAUUAAAACAGAAUGUUGAUA